AUGACUUCCAUUAGUGGUGCAUUCCAGUCCAGUCUACCGGACACACCCACAACGGACAGUAAUAAGAGCAGCUAUGCGGUGGACAUCGGGGGCCCACGACAGAGGCAUAGCACUGACCGCGGUUCCUUUGAGACAGCUCCACUAUCCCAUCACAGCUCACUCAUUCCACGCGUCUUCUCCAGGCGUCGCACGGUGGAUGAUCUGAAUCGAAUUGUCCUCCAAAAAAUUCCCCUCAGUGAUUACUUUAGUGAAUUUGAGAAGGAUGUCCUUCUCUCUACUUGGGCAGUGCUAAGUGAAGAGGCAGACAGGCACACAACCGCCGUAUUCAACUUAGCCUGCCAAAUGUUUCCAGGAUUAAGAAUGCUUUUUGAUAUCCCGUAAGAGGUUUUCUCAUGUUCCAUUUGCAUUUUACAGUUGAUUUCAAAUAGUAAUAAAUCGUUUGUAAGAGUGAAUUUAUCUCCUAUUAGUUUUGUCGCAUUAUUCAAAUUUAUUUAGAAACUAAUUUUGAAAGGAAACGGUUGCAUGUAUAAGGGUUCCAUGGAUAUCCUAUUGAGCUUUGUCACGGUAAUGCAGCACAAUUACUUUGUAGGAGGAUGUAAGGGGAAAAGUUCUGCGUUAAAACAAUUUGUUAUUUUGUUGCCGGAUGUUUUUGAUUAUAAAAUAUAUGAAAACAGCAUACAGCAUGCACGUUUUUCAUUACUUUGACGUAACUAAAAUGUUUUGAUCUCUUUUCACGUAGUCAGCUCUGGAAAUUUAAGGGCAAAACAAAGGGCUGUUACGGAUGGAAGAGUAUGCCUUCAUUUUUAGAGAUACAGCCUCUACAAUAACUUUUCACGACAAAAUAUUUAAUUGUGUCGUUAGUCUGCAUAUUUCAAUGGUAUGAUCACUUUUAAUAACAUAAAAAACACAUAACUGCAUGUGAGGCUUAAGUCAGUCUUUUUCUUUAUAAACUGGCCAAAACUCCUCAACAGUUAUCAAAUGUGUUAAGAUCUAUUUUAUCAUAAUCAAUUUUGUAUGGAUGACUUAGUACAACUAGGUCCGUUGAGGACAAAAUCGUAGCCAUUGGCCCUUAGCUGCGUACACAAGAGUCCUCGGAAAUGCCAGUAUUAUAUCGAUUAUAACGAACGGCAUACUCCAACAAGCCACGAAACAAACCAAAUUAUUUGUAAUAAAACAUAUCUCCUAAGAAGUGGGUCCCAAAUAAUCAAAUCCAGUUUCAGAUAAACUGCUGUUAAUAAAAGAAACAUAGAGAUGCUGAUUAGCUCAUGCCUAUAUUAGUAAGUUGCGGUGACUACGAGUUAAAAUCAUACCCAUUAUUUUAGAACUAAAUCAAAAGAGCGCUAUGUGGCAUUUGGCAUCACUCUUAAACGAGUCAUGUGAAAGUUUGCUGUUUUGUCGCAACAUUCUGCCUCGUUAAGCAAGCACUCAUUUGAAAAUUUUAGUUGCCCAACUGAAGAGAAAGAGAGCUGCGAGAGUGAGGCAGCCAGACGACAUCGCGCGGCCUACAUGAAUAUGAUUAACGACGCAAUUGACUGUUUGGAAUAUCCCCGAGAAGAUUUCUAUGAUGAUCUGCUUGUCGCCGGAGCGCACUAUGCAACUAUUCCGGGAAUGAAAACUGAAUACUUUAAGGUAAACAUAAGGGGUUUAAGUGCAAACUUAAUAUUAUUUUCGAUCAUAAAACUAGCAAAAUGCACAUCUAGAUAUUUGCCACAUCCCGUAUUUUAAUUCCGAAUAACUGCAAAGCAGGAAACUAUAAGCCCACUAUUGUUAUAAGCAGAGUAGAGACUGAAAAACGCCCUGCAACAGCACAAACCUAACAUCUGGUAUCUGAGAUAAUAUCUCCGUUUCACGCAGCGUUGAAAAACAGAUGAAAAUAAAGCAUCGAAGCCACUGCACUACACAGGUUAAGCAACUCUAUCUCAUUCGGUAUAAAACCUGCAACCUACUUAGUAGACCCAAAAAUGCUUUCGAAAAUGCAUCAUUUCUACGAAAUAAUUAAAUCACUCGGUGUAUGCGGUGCUUGCCUCCAAUUGAGAUUUUUAAUUCAAAACUUUGUUAAGCACAAGUAUGUCACAUUAUAUAGAACAUUUUGCAAAAAUAUCAAUAUAAGGACAUUUUCUUCGACAAAGGGGACAGUUUGUAUGACUGCAUGUCGAACAUGGUACACGUUUUAGUAAAAAAUCUAAAAUAUUCGUUUGCGAGGAGUCUAAACUUUAAAAUGGAGGAAAGGGUUCGCAUUAAGGUUUUUGCUUACGCAAUUACUUUGCCUAAAAUUGAAAAUUCUUCGCAUUUUAAAUAAAUAUAUUUUAACACAUCCUUAGAGGUUGCUCUUCCUGGUUGAUAGGUUAAAAUUACUGAGGAUAGGCUUCAUUCGUAUCGUACACCUGGAAGAUGCUGGUUGACUCUUACUGCAUUUUAUGAAACGGUUACAGCACACUUUAUUUCACUUCACUCAUAGGUCAUUAAGAGAGCCACUCUUGUCACGUGGAAUAGCCUCCUGGGCGAGGAGUUCACUGAGGACGUAAAGGAAUCCUGGCAGUCAUUGCUCGAUUAUAUUAUUACUGUAAUAUCUGAGGGCUGUCGUAUCUAUGAACGGGAGGAAGAACGCGCCCUGCUUGACGCCACGCCGGACCUGAACGAGACCCUUCUGCGAACGCUGCGGGCACGACCCAGCGUGGUCAGCAUGACCGAGGAAGAAUGGAAAUUAUUCCAUUCGUUAUGCAGAUGA